AUGGAUGAAGAAGUUUUAGAUAAUUUAGAAGCAGUAGAAGAUGAUAAUGAAACUUCUAAUUUUCCUUUAUUUUAAUAAAAACAAAUUGCUGAAUUCAUCAAAAAGAUACUUGGUGAUAAUAUAACAGCAUAAAAAGCAUUUCGAGAUAAGUUUAAUAGAUGUCUAAGUCUUUUCGUAUUUUAUUUGAGUCAUAUGGUAACAGUCAUUAAAGAGGACACUAGAAAGAAAAAAAAUGAAAAAAAGAGAAUGCAAAUAACAAAAGAUGAUAUUAUAAUGACUUUAAAAGCAAUUGAUUUUUAGGAAAUAGCUGAAUCAAUACAAAAUCUUCAUAUAUUGCAAUCUUCUUUAGAAAAUGGCAUUUAAUAAGAGAAUUAACUGGAUUAAGGAGAGGAACAUGAGGAAAUGCGGGAAAUAUAAAAUUUUGAAAAUAUAGAAGAUGAAUAAAAAGAGGAAGAGAUUGAUGAUAAUAAUGAAUAGAUAUAGGAUAAUCAGGAUUAAGGCAAUGAAGAAAUUGAGGAUGAAAAUAAUUAAGAUAUUGAGAAUGAAAAUGGAUAGGAUGUUGAGAAUGAAAAUGAUUAGUAAUGA